AUUGAUAAUCCGAUUUUCGUCGAAAUAGUGUCGAAAUGCUCGAUUUUAAAUCGCGAACUUUCUAGCGAUCGAAAUACGAUUUUAGCUGAAACGGGAUGUUACAAGAGUAUUUUCCCCUCUAAUUUGUCGUCAAAUCUAGAGAUGUGUCUGUUCUAAGAGCAAAGGAGGUGAGAUUUAUCAUAGAUUUAGCUGGUUUACUCCUUUUCCUUCCUUUUGUCUACCUCCUUGCUUCAUCUUAUAGGUCUUGAUGUUUCAGAAAUAUGGCCUCUUGGCUUGGACUCGGUUGGAGAGUUUUGAAGAUUGAAGAUCUUCCUGGAUUCAUCGCUGGCCGACCGAUUUUUGAUGGUUUCGCCUGGGUGGUUGUUCGUGGUGUUGUCGAUCGGCGUUGGAGGGGGUUGGGGUGGGUUUUCCUUUGUUCCCUUCCCUUCUCCGGUGUUCUGCUUGAUCUGAAGGCUACAGGUGGGACCGGUCUCGGGGUUUCCAGCGUUCGGCGAUGGUGUCUCUAAAGGGGAAGUUGGGUGUUAGGGUUUGUGUGGCUAUUUUUAUGAUUGGGCCCCCGUCUAGGCCCUAUUGGGUACUGGAUUUGUGGGUGGCCUGUCAUUUUUGGCUUGCUUGUAGCUGUAGUACUCUAAUUGUAUCUUUUCCACUGGGCUUGACACAUUUGCUUCCUAAUGAUAUCCAACCUUUCAACAAAAAUAAUAAUAAUAAUAAUAAUAAUAAUAAUAAUAAUAAUAAUAAUAAUAAUAAUAAUAAUACAAGCAAGUACACCAAAAAUUUCUUUUCUAUUAGUGAAAUUAAUUCAAGCGAUGACAUGUAUAUAUUAGCCAACAUAAUUUGUCAAUAAUCCAUAAAUAUUGAUGGACAAAAUAGAUAAAAAAAUAUAAUUUCAAGCUAUACUUAUAAUGAUAAUACGAUUUGACUUUUUUUGUCACAAAGUAUUUUGUCCAUUUUGAUAAACGGAAUGCCUGAGCUUAAUAUGAUAAAUCAUGAAAACGAGAUCUUAAAAGAUAGCUUUGAAAAAAAGUGAUCUUAAAUGAUGGCCAUUAAGCUUGUUGGAGCUACAAUGUUGUAUCGCAUCCCGGCUCAACCAUGUUCUUUUAGAAUGUUUGGUUGACUUAUUUCAUAUUAAAUAUUUUUUGCUAGAUUAACUAAUAUGAUAUUAGACCAAAUAAAAUUUGUGUGUUAACACUUAAUUAUUUGACAUUGUCUAUCAGUUACAAAAUUUAUUUUGCCUCUUUGUUCGUUUAAUUUUUUAAGGAUAGCAUCUUUUUUUGGCUAUUGCCACCAACACGAUUACUAUUUGUCGUCAAUUAAAUAAAAAAUUCAAAAUUCAGAAUUUGAAUUUUGAGUUUUAAAUUUUUCUGCUUCAAUCUAUAAAUCCACAUUUGCAACAAACAUAAUCACAUUUCCAACAAAAUCUCAUCAUCCCAAUAAAGCAUCUGUCGCCAACCACAAUUCCUCGUCGCCAGCAACAUGCCCAUUCCGGCCGAUCACGAGAAUCACUAGAAAACAGGUAAGUUUCCUUUUUUCAGCGAUUUUUUAGUUUUUGGCGAGUAAUCACGACCGAUGGUUGGGACGAAGGAUUCUCUCAGGCUAUUUAUGUUUGACUUUGGAUGUUGUUCUCUGCACCAUAUGUAUUGUUUCAUAUUUUUGACUAUUUAUGUUAUUUCAGAUUUUUCACUAUUUAUGUUAAGUUCACAUGUUUGACUAUUUAUUUUUAGUUUAUAAGUUCCAAAACUUCCAAAUACAAACUAAAACAUCAGUUGGUUCAACUAAAUCAUUACAACAUUUAAAAUAUAACAACCAUAACAACAAUAACAAAUAAAGCAUUCCAACACUAUGCAUUGCCCCUACCCCUACCCCUUCCCCUACCUCUACGAGGCCUUUUUCCAUGGUUUGAGGGCGACCACCAAGACUCCUCCACAAAUAUCGUCCAACCUAGAGACUAGUACCCCAAUCUGCCAUAUUGGGAUGUGAUAGACCCUGCCACAUUGGAUGUAUAGGGGGUAUGGGAAACUGAUCCUAGGUGAAGAACAAUCGAAUAAAGUGGUCGUUCACAUAGUGAUAGGAUCAUAGAUGGUGGUGAUGCACCAGCUGUCGCAUCAGGAGGCAUUAUAGUGUAGUGAUUAGUGUACACGUUGGCACCGAACGAGUUAGAUUACAGGCAUCGGACGCCUGGUAUGAGAAGACGACGAGCUUCCAUGGGUUCUCAAUUUCCCUACUCAGAUUGUAGUUGAGUGACAUGUGCAAUUCAUUCACCACUUCCCAAAACCGAGCUUCCAUGUAGUUGUGAUUAUUCGCAAAACAAGUGUCCAACGCUCCUCUACCAGAUACAAAGAAAGUCUUGAACAUAGAGUGAGAUGACUCAACUCAACUCGUGUUCGUGUUACCAAGAUGGAAUACCUCAUUCGUGUAGCACACUUUGCCCACAUUGUUUGAUGAGGCAGCCACUCCAUCUUCACUUAAUCUACCAUUUUUGUUGUUCUUCACUGACCAAACCCUCUCAAACUCGUUCAAUAUUGCACGGAAAUGGCACCUCGUCCAACAAUAUGCAGCAAUGUUAAAAUAUAUAUUCCAUACCUUGAUUGCCAACUCUCUCCUUGAAAUUCCCGCAGUAGCUUCUCAAACUUUGCCUUCACGCAGCUACUGACGUGCCAUAACAUAGUAGGUGGUGGAUAAGUGGCAUGGUGAAGACCAAAGGAACAGAAGCAAGCAUACCACCUUCUUUGUUUGCCACAAUGACAUUUUGAACCCUCUACUCUUUGUUACAUCAAAGCAGCCACUCAUAUGUUUCCUUUGUAUCAUGCUUAAUAAGUACACAUGCAAUGUUGAAAUUCUUCUUCACUGGAGUAACCUAAUAAUCUAAACCCAUGGCAUGUUGUACCUGUUAGUCUUGUAGGUCAAGUCGAUGAGGAUGGCGUACGACCAUGCAUGCAGCAUCUGAAUGGAAGUCGGGUGGGCAAAAAACAGAUUGAUGAGCACAUUAUUAAGAUCCUUUUUCCAAACGGAUAUGGUACCUAAGUUGUCUAGCUCCGUGAAGUACAAACUGUAUCGCAUCUAUUUCACCCAUCUCAUCCAAUCUUGUCUUGCUAUUUAAGUUGUAGAGUAUAUGAUAUCAUGUUGCACACCCCCUUUAGAAUCGAGCGUCGUCUUCAGCUCAGUCGGUUUCACCCCCUCCUUCCUAAACAAAAUUUCCCUUUCUUUAUCAAUCUCACUGAACUGUUUGUUGUGCGGAUGAUGUUCGGGAUACAACACCUUUUCAUGGUUUUAAAACCCACUAUUAUAUUUUGUUGCUCGACGUCUCACCCCCAUUAUAAACCAGGUGUUUGAACCAUUCUGUUGCCAUACUUCUUUAAUACAUAUUUGAAAUUGGCAAUCAUUACCCUUCGAACUAGUGUUUCCACGCCUCUCUUUCAUAGGGUCUGGUUUGUAUGAUUUCUCGAUCCUGCUAGUUCUAUCACAAUACAUAUAUAUGGGUGCAAAUUGGGGUGAGUGUGGUUACCCGCCCCAUAUUUUACGGUUAACCACACCCACAAAUAUAGAAUUAUGCUACCCACAGCCCGCACCACAGUUGGAAGUGGUUAACCACUAUCCACUGCGGGUUGGUGCUGGUUGGAUGUGGAUACCCACAAAAGUUUCGUUCCUUCGCCCUUCGGACUCGUAUAUGAUAAACCUAUCGUUCGAGUGACGGAAAAACACACACGUUGAGUUAAAACUAAGUUAAUGAAGCCCAAGACAUGGAACGAGUGAGGAUCUAGUAUUCAGACCUUUCUAAGUAGUCAACCUCCCACUCCUCGGUUCACUUCACUUUCUUUACGAAAUCCAAAUUGAUAACGAGUAUGGGUUGGAGGGGGAUCUAUUCUAAAUAUACAUAGCAUAUUUAU